ACGUUGUUGGUUCCUCUGAGUUUGCCACUCAAAACAAACGAGCCGCGUAGAAGCAUCGACCCACCUCUCUCUGUCUCUCUCGAAUGGCAGAGAAAGGUAGAUAUAGAGAGAGGGGGCGGCGGGGAGAGAUAGAGUUUUGUCUGUUAAUUCAAAGACAGCUCUGUUCCUGAAACCUCUUCAUUGGUAAAAACAAAAGGCUCUCUCUCUCUCUCUCUCUUAUCAUCGAAUUGGGUGUUUUGGGUUUUGGUUAUUUGUAUCAAUUCAAUCGACUCUGAAUCAUCAAAUGAAAGCCAUUUGGUUUUUACAUCAUGGUUUGGUGGAAUUUUCAGGGUCUGUGUCUGUGGCUGAAAUUGAUUGGGUUUGUGGGUUGGAAUCAGAUAGAGAAAGAAGGGACAGGGGUGGUGGUGAAAGGGGUUGGAAUCAAUUGUCAGCUUUAAAUGGCUGGUGGACUGGAAAUUGAAGAUGAAACUGAAACCAAAGGUAGCAUGUGGGAUUUGGAACAGAAGCUUGACCAGCCCAUGGAUGAAGAGGCUGGAAGACUCAGACAUAUGUAUAGAGAAAAGAAAUUCUCAGCAUUAUUGCUUCUGCGACUUUCAUUUCAGAGUCUUGGCGUGGUCUAUGGAGACUUAGGAACAUCUCCUUUGUAUGUGUUCUACAAUACAUUUUCUCAUGGAAUCAAUGAUCCAGAGGAUGUAAUUGGAGCUCUUUCGUUGAUUAUAUAUUCCCUCACUCUUAUACCACUACUCAAGUAUGUUUUUAUAGUAUGCAAGGCGAACGACAACGGUCAAGGUGGAACGUUUGCUCUUUAUUCAUUGCUCUGUCGACAUGCAAAAAUUAAAACAAUCCCUAACCAACACCGGACUGAUGAGGAGCUGACAACAUAUAGUCGUAGCACUUUCCAUGAGCAUUCAUUUGCUGCAAAAACCAAGAGAUGGUUGGAGCAAUAUGCAUACAGAAAGAAUGCUCUUCUUAUACUUGUCCUUGUUGGCACUUGCAUGCUGAUUGGAGAUGGAAUUUUCACUCCCGCGAUAUCUGUCCUUUCAGCUGCUGGUGGAAUCAAGGUAGACCACCCCAAUAUGAGUAAUGAUGUAGUUGUGCUGGUUGCUGUUGUCAUUUUGGUAGGUUUGUUUAGCAUGCAACAUUAUGGUACUGAUAAAGUGGGGUGGCUUUUCGCUCCAAUUGUGCUGCUUUGGUUUCUCUUAAUUGGAGGUAUUGGCAUAUUCAACAUUUUGAAAUAUGAUAGAAGUGUUCUGAGAGCUUUUUCACCAGUGUAUAUAUAUCGGUAUAUUAGAAGGGGAGGGAAAGAAAGUUGGUUGUCCCUUGGGGGCAUCAUGCUUAGUAUCACAGGGACAGAGGCACUUUUUGCUGACCUAGCCCAUUUUCCAGUUUCAAGUAUACAGCUUGCUUUCACAGUCGUUGUAUUUCCUUGCCUUCUUUUAGCCUAUUCUGGUCAAGCUGCCUUCCUCAUAAAAAACAAGGACCAUGUGAUUAAUGCAUUCUAUCAUUCUAUUCCAGAUAGCAUUUACUGGCCAGUUUUUAUUGUUGCAACGUUAGCUGCUAUUGUUGCAAGUCAAGCAACCAUAUCUGCUACCUUUUCAAUAAUCAAGCAGGCCGUUGCACUUGGAUGUUUCCCCAGAGUCAAGGUUGUGCACACAUCAAAGAAAUUCCUUGGGCAGAUAUAUAUUCCAGAAAUCAACUGGAUCCUUAUGAUUUUUUGCAUUAUUGUGACUGCCGGAUUCCAAAAUCAAAGCCAAAUUGGGAAUGCUUAUGGGACUGCGGUCGUGAUAGUUAUGCUCGUGACAACGUUGCUCAUGAUUUUAAUCAUGUUAUUGGUGUGGCAUUGCCAUUGGAUCCUGGUUGUCAUCUUCACUGCCUUAUCCCUAUUAGUGGAGUGCACUUACCUCUCCGCCGUACUUUUCAAGGUCGAUCAAGGCGGGUGGGUCCCACUGGUGAUUGCAGCAGCCUUUCUCAUCAUCAUGUAUGUCUGGCAUUACGGUUCGUUGAAACGAUACGAGUUUGAAAUGCACAGUAAGGUCUCAAUGGCAUGGAUUCUUGGGCUCGGACCCAGUUUAGGCCUGGUCCGUGUCCCCGGGAUCGGGCUCGUCUACACUGAGCUAGCGAGCGGUGUGCCUCACAUUUUCUCCCACUUCAUCACAAACCUACCUGCCAUCCACUCCGUCGUUGUCUUCGUGUGCGUGAAGUACCUUCCCGUGUACACAGUCCCGGAGGAGGAGAGAUUUCUCGUAAAACGGAUUGGACCAAAGAAUUUUCACAUGUUCCGAUGUGUUGCAAGGUACGGUUACAAAGACCUCCACAAGAAAGACGAUGAGUUUGAGAAAAAGCUGUUCGAUAACCUCUUUGUGUUCGUCCGGCUUGAGUCGAUGAUGGAAGGUUGUUCUGACUCAGACGAGAAUAGCUUGUAUGGCACCCAGCUGACCGAGCGGUCAAGGGACUUGCUGCUGAGAGAUAAUGCUAACAUCACAGUUUCAUCGGUGGACCUAACGAUUUCAUCGGUGGACUCGAUCGUGCAGGUAAGAUCGCCGACGCAGGUGAAUCAGACGGUCACGUCGUCGACAAGCAAUCGGACGGAGGUCGACGAGGUGGAGUUCUUGACCGGAUGUCGAGACGCCGGGGUUGUCCACAUACUUGGGAACACGGUGGUGAGAGCAAGGAGGGAUUCAAAGAUUCAUAAGAAAAUAGCUAUUGAUUAUAUAUAUGCUUUUCUUAGGAAGAUUUGCAGGGAGAAUAGUGUGAUCUUCAAUAUUCCUCAUGAAAGCCUCUUGAAUGUGGGGCAGAUAUUCUAUGUAUGAAAAAUUCUUUGGAAAUAUGAUCGAAUGAGAGAAUAUACUCUGGUUCUCAUUUUUUUUUGCUUGAACAUGUAUAAUUGGAGUUUUGUGCAGUUUGUAUGGUGGUU